AUGGCGACAAUUUCCUCUCUACCGUUGCACUUGCUGGCUGAUAUCCUGCGCAUGGUGGCCAAUGUUCAGCAUCUGCCCGCUGUGCUCCUCAGCCAUCGCAUCUUCUACACGGCUUUCCUGGACGCUCCAUCCCUCCCAGCCGAUAUCCUGCGACUCCAGCUCCCCGACCAUCUCCUCCCUCUCGCCCUGGCCGCAUACGCCUCGCAAAAGUCCGUCCGUGACAAGAACGGCCUGGAUGCGAACCAGUUCCUGACCGAGUGCUACGACAAGCCGUUCAAUGCCCUCGGCGGCCAUUACAUUACCCUCGACCAGGCGCUUCACAUCAGCAGGCUCGACGAUGCCCUGACGGAGCUGCGCAGCGAGUUCUGUGAAUCCACGUUGCAGAAGCUGUACGGGUUGGGCCGGGAUGACCCGAUAUCUGCCGCCCAACAGCGCCUCUCCGCGGGGGAGCUGUACCGCAUAUCCCGGGCGCUGUAUCGCUUCCAGAUAUACGGCAACCUCUUCCUGGACCAGGAAGAAGGUGCUGAGCCCAACGAGGCCCAGAAAGCCCUCUUUUUCGAUCGUCACUCUCCUUGGGUCAAUGAGCAGCUGGUCUGUAUCUACGAUUACCUCGAGACUCGACUGACUGGUGUAAUGCUGACCAUUCUGUCUGCCACUCCAGCCUGUCGGGAAGUCAUCGUGAAUGGCUUCCAGUGGGGGGGAAACCUGACAGAAUGGCUGACGGAGCGAAGCCAGCUGUUCGAUGAACAGCGCUGCCUCUCACUCGGGCUCCCCCGCUUACACCGAUUGCUGCAAGCCUCCACCUGCGACGAGUGGCAAGACUCCCUCUCCGAGGCGAGCGCCCUUUGCAAGAGUUGUUUGGAGGACGACCUCGACACCUUCAAUCGUGGGAAGAAGCCAGACGCCGCCCAUGGUAUAUGGAAGUCAGAGGAGAUGGACAAGCUCGCCCAGCAAGUCGACGCUGACGAUGAGACUGAUGACCAGCCACGGAAGAUUUGGAGCAAAGUAUAUUAUGAUAGCAUCAACGAGCGAUUUAGAUUCGGCAGGCAUGCUUUUUCGCCGAUGAGGUUUGUCUAUGGUCUGAGAGGAGUCGGAUAUGUGAUGUGGGACGGCGAGCGAAUGGAAGAUGAGGUGUGUAAGAAGACGGUCGCGAAGGCAUACAGAGGGGAACCUGUUUUCUAA